GAAGAUGAACCGUGUAUUAUAUUCAGUGCUGCUGGUGCUUUCUGCCAUCGUUCUUUUGGUCGAUGGCACCACACUGGAGUGUCUACAGAAGCAGCAGUAUUUAGCUAAUGUGCAAGUGGAAUUAAGCAAGCUAGAAUUACGACAUAACUAUCACGUGAAGUGGUAUAACAGCUAUUGCCGGAAUGCGCCAUCGCCACAUCCGACUAUACCAAUUCCACCGCAACAAAAGCCUGGUCCCACUAUUAUUGUAGUAUACCCACCAGGAAGUCCAUGUAAUCCAGGAAAUGGAACCACCGUUUAUCCUCCUCCAACGCUGCCUACCCCUCCAACUGUUCCUGGGACUCUGCCAACUCUUCCUCCUCCUUCAACACAACCAACUCCUCCUCCAACUCCUCCUCCAACUCACCCUCCAACUCAUCAACCUCGCCCUCAAACAUAUCCACCGUAUCCAACAUACCCAACAUAUCCAACAUAUCCAACAUACCCAACAUAUCCAACGUAUCCCACAUAUCCAACAUACCCAACAUAUCCCACAUAUCCACCGUAUCUAACAUAUCCAACAUAUCCAACAUAUCCAACAUAUCCAACAUAUCCAACAUAUCCAACAUAUCCAACGUAUCCCACAUAUCCAACAUACCCACCAUAUCCACCUCUUACAGAUGCUCCAACAAACACAACAACUCCACCAUUCCCAACCCGAUUCAUCAACUCCACCAUUCCCAACCCAUUCAACAACUCCACCAUUCCCAACAUUGCCAACCGAUUCAUCAACUCCACCAUUCCCAACACUCCCACCUUCUACAACCGAUUCAACAACUCCACCAUUCCCAACAUUCCCAACCGAUUCAUCAACUCCACCAUUCCCAACACUCCCACCUACUACAACCGACUUAAUAACUUUAACAUUCCCAACAUUCCCAACCGAUUCAACAACUCCACCAUACCCAACAGUCCCACCUACUGCACCUCCAACUCCACCACCCGUAAUUUGUACGACCCCUUGCCAAUACCAACCUUGUCCGUGGUCACCAUGUGGACAACCACCAAUAGUAUUAGUUGUUGA